GACAUAUGGCGACAUAUGCCCCUCUUACCACGACGCGUUCAUUUGUUUUCUUUCUGCUAGCAACGUCCAAAUACGAGUGAGCACACAAACACACAUUCUCCCAAUUUAGACUACCUAAACGAUACCGGGUGUUUACGUUUACAAUUCACAUAUGUAUUUUCAUAUAAUGGCACCAAAGGUCUAUUUCGUUUAUCAUACUCUCCGAUUCGCACAAAUCAGUAUAAUUACAUAAGGUGUAUACAACACAGCAUCUUGAAAAUUUGCUCAGUUGUUUUUGCACAACGCAUCAACGGUUAUUCCUUAUCGUAGACAUUUUAUCAUUAUUGUGUUCAUUUCAACUUCUUGACCACUUUUGAACUGUAAAUUUUAUGACCAGUGAUAAUACUGAUUUCAUCUGUACUUUUCGAAAUGGAGUAUUUGGAAAAUCUUGUCCCCUGCAAUAAAAGCGCUCUAAGACCAUGUGGAAAUAUUGCAGCGUGUAUAAAACAUCCAACAAUGAGAGCAUAUUGCGUAUGCACUCAUACCGGAGCACCAAUGUAUAAAGACACCAGAUGUACUCUAAAUCUAGUGAAUACAGAUCAGUUAAACAAUGAAAGCUUCGUUGAUUCGAAUAUAACCCACAUUUAUAUUCCAAAUUUGGCUUCUGAAAAUAUUACCGAAGUGGCACAGUCUUCAAAUGUUCUAACCGAAAACUGGUUCAUUACUUUUGCAAUUGUUUUAAUCAUCAUAGCAAUAUGCAUUUUUUUGAUCAGAAAGUGUUACUGUGGCUUCCAUAAGCGUCAACCCAAAAACACAACGUUGAAAAAUAAGACUUUGUUGGGUAAAAAUAAAUCAGGAAUUCCAAUAUGAGAGUGAUAUUCAAAGGCAUGAAAAUAUUUCAAUUAGAUAUUAAGUGCUGUAUAUAUUGUAAGAUUAAUUAGUAAUUACUAAUGUUAUAGGUUAUAGUUUUGUUCUGAUGAAAAUAACUAAGUACCUUCAAUAAUCUUAUUAAAUGACGUUAAAUUUUUUA